CAUACGUGUUCGUGCGUGUGUUUUUAUUUUGCUUUUUUUCCGUUCAUUUACUGAAUUUGUUUGAAUUACACGACGAACAGCGUAGAAGGAGGCCUUGAGGAUGUGUGCUGCUCAAAGUAAUCCGACACAAAGUUUUGGUCCUUAUACAUGGGGUUUUGCUGCCGACAAUACUCGAGCGGAUUCCGUAUUGGAGAUAUCGCCCAAUAUCAAUUAUACCGUGAGCAGUGAAUCUAUGCCAUAUUUGUUAUCAACAGAUGGAUCGUUAACAGUUCAAAAAGAUGUAAAAGCUGGCCUAGCGCCCAGUAAAGGCCUUGUCCGGCGUAUGGUGUUUGUCAAUGACCCGUUUUCGCCGGGUGGACAAAGAGUAAUAACAAGUGGUAAUUCAACCGUUGUUAAGAAACCCGAUCAGCAAGUGGUCAGCUUAAAUUGUGACAAAAAUUAUCUCUUGGUGGAUCAAACCGAUCAAACACAUCUCAGUAACGGUAUUGUGGACUCGAAAGCACAAACGAUAUUAACAUCAGCGGGUAAAACACAUUUUAGCCCUAUUGGUCCAUUGCACCUAACGGCCGAGGAGUGCAAUGAGAUUUUAAUGAAGCGUGCCUUGGCCGCUUCACAUCCUCAGUCGAUAACAGCGAAUGAUGGUCAUGCGACCUCAGCAAGCCAUGCAAUGUUAGGUGACAUUUUGCCUGGUAUUUCAGUGCAAGUACAGAAAGUUAUACAAGGUCUGGAAGAAAAUGAUGAAUCACAAGGUGACACACCAAAUCUAAAAUUGGAACCGGGUACAUUGGAACUAUCACCGAAAACCGAAUUACAAGAAACAAUGCAUUUUAGUGAUAACGAUACCACAAUAAAGAAGGAGCGCCCUUACAGUUGUGAGGAGUGCGGUAAAUCAUUUUUACUGAAACAUCAUUUAACCACUCAUGCUAGAGUGCAUACAGGCGAACGUCCGCACGUUUGUACACAUUGCGGCAAAAGUUUCGCCCACAAACACUGCUUAAACACCCAUUUACUGUUACACUCCACCGAUCGCCCCUACCAGUGUACAGAGUGCAAGAAGAGUUUUACACUGAAACAUCAUUUGUUAACACAUUCACGUGUCCAUUCGCGUGAUCGGCCGUUUAUUUGCCAGGAAUGUGGUCGUACAUUUCCCCUCAAACGUCAUCUGGUGACACAUAGUAAAUUCCAUGCCGGCGAACGGCCGUAUGUGUGUGAAGAAUGUGGCGAAAGUUUUGCCCAGGAAAAUCAUCUUAUUAUGCAUUCACGUUUCCAUGGUUCUGUUAAUCCCUUUGUGUGUCAGGAUUGCGGUGUAACAUUUCCUCGAAAAUUUCAAUUGGUCAAUCAUGCUCGCAUACAUGGCAAGGUACCGCAUUCGUGUACGGUAUGUGGCAAGGAAUUUUUACAAAAGCGUACAUUGGUGGCACAUAUGCGCGUUCAUACUGGUGAUCAACCACAUCCAUGCAUUAGUUGUGGUGAAGGAUUUAUGACACGACCCGAUUUAAAUCAGCACAUACGCAGUGUACAUGGCGGUGUCAAUCCAAAUUCAUCAAAUACAGCAUCGGUGCCCUCCAAUAACGCUGCAAUAACCUCUCAACAACAAACGCAAACUAUACAACAAAUACACCAAACACAAGCCCAAACUACACACCAGCAACAGCAGCAACAACAACAGCAGCAUCAGGUGCAAAAUAGUCACCCACAAACCGUAACCGUUGUUAGUAAUCCCAACAAUUCAGCAUUGCUAACCGUAACCAAUGAUGCAAAUAGGCCACAAUUUGGUUGCCGGGAAUGCGGAUGUGCCUUUAAUAGUCGCGAAGCUUUAGCCCUUCACCAGCGUUUACAUACCGGCGAUAAAAGUCUUAUGACCGAUUUGUGUGCUUUAACCGCUGCCUUGCCAACCCAUCUCCUUAGCACGGGCAGUCUUAAUCCUGGAACAGCAACCGUGGUAUCAGCAAAUCCCAAUAUCAUAGCCCAAAACCAAAUGCCAGUUCAAAUCAUAUCAUCAACGGGUCAACUUGUUCAACAGACAACACUGGUGCAGGCCGCCGCAACGACUCAUCCGCAAAGUUUAGUUACCACAAUGCCAUUGCAGGCGCAUCAUCAGCAGCAGCAACAACAACAACAGCAACAUUUACAAAACGGCAAUCCUGCCGGUCAUCCUCAGCAGCAGCAACAACAACAGCAACAACCACAACAACAACAGCAGCAACAACAGCAACAGCAAACACCCACCAAACCCAAGUCUCAUUUCUGUGCCAGCUGUGGUAAAGGUUUUGCCGCCAAACAUGGCUUAAUGCAACACAAUCGCCGACAUCCGAACGGCGGCUGUACGGUGCGCACACACGUCUGCGAAUGUGGCAAAGCCUUCUUCCAGAAGAAUCAUCUAAUGCUACAUCAGCGUCAGCAUUUGGAAACGAAACCACCCAUUACACAGCAACAGGUGUGUUGAACCUCUCACUCCUCACAAUCAUUCUCUCAAACAAAAACAAACCAAACUCUCUAAAUAUGAGUUUAAAUCUUUCCAAAUAAAUCAAUGGUUGUAGUUGUGCAACGUAAGUGUUGAAGAUGAUUUACCAAAUAAUUAAUAAUUAUAAUU